CUUUGUACAGUGUGCUCUCAGGUUAGUCUCUGGGUGAGCUGUGGGGACUCCCUGUCGGAGGAGCUGACGGAAUGGACGGACAGUAAACCCACUCAUCUCUCUCUCUGCUACUCUCAUUUUCCGCCCAAGGCUUGUUCAUCUCCACUGUGUUUAGCCACUGACCAAUCUCUCUAGGAAACCCCGGGGACACCUGUCGCGUUUCAGGCUUCAGCAAUGAGAGGACGAUGGAGCUCACAUUCCAUGCCUAUAUUGGUCUGUUUGAUCAUACUGUGGCAGACACGGUCACAAGCAGAUUCCAAUUCAACACGUAACUUCAAAGACAUCACCACCUUCACCAAGAUCCUGGACAGUCUGCUGGAUGGAUAUGACAACAGAUUGAGACCUGGCCUGGGAGACCGAGUAACGGAAGUGAAGACUGACAUCUAUGUGACCAGUUUUGGUCCAGUGUCUGACACAGAUAUGGAGUACACUGUUGAUGUUUUCUUCCGUCAGAGCUGGAAGGAUGAGCGAUUGAAAUUCCAUGGACCAAUGAACAUUCUGCCUCUCAACAAUCUGAUGGCCAGUAAGAUCUGGACCCCUGACACCUUCUUCCAUAACGGCAAGAAAUCUGUUGCUCACAACAUGACCAUGCCUAACAAGCUGCUGAGGAUCAUGGAGGAUGGAACAUUGCUCUAUACUAUGAGGCUAACAGUUCAAGCUGAGUGUCCAAUGCACCUUGAAGACUUCCCCAUGGACUCUCACUCAUGUCCUCUCAAGUUUGGCAGCUAUGCCUACACCAAGACAGAGGUUACUUACAUCUGGACUCGUAAUGCCUCCCAGUCAGUGGACGUGGCAGCUGAUGGAUCCAGACUCAACCAGUACGACCUGGUGGGGCAGUCUGUGGGGAAGGAGACCAUUAAAUCCAGCACUGGUGAAUACACAGUGAUGACUGCUCACUUCCAUCUGAAGAGGAAGAUCGGCUACUUUGUGAUCCAGACAUAUCUGCCCUGUAUCAUGACUGUCAUCCUCUCCCAGGUCUCCUUCUGGCUCAACCGAGAGUCAGUGCCAGCCAGAACUGUCUUUGGUGUAACUACAGUUCUCACAAUGACAACCCUGAGUAUCAGUGCCCGUAAUUCACUGCCUAAGGUGGCCUAUGCUACAGCUAUGGACUGGUUCAUUGCUGUCUGCUAUGCCUUCGUCUUCUCGGCACUUAUUGAAUUUGCCACCGUCAACUACUUCACCAAGCGAGGCUGGGCCUGGGAUGGAAAGAGUGUCGUCAAUGACAAGAAAAAGGAAGCGUCAAUAAUGAAGAAGAAUAAUGCCUAUGCUGUAGCUGUGGCUAACUACGCUCCCAACAUCACCAAAGACUCCACGCUGCCCACCAUCUCCAAGUGUGCCCUGAGCGAUCCAAACAAGACCACAUCGGAGACGAAGCCCGAACAGAACAAGAAAACCUUUAACAGCGUCAGCAAAAUCGACCGUAUUUCCCGCAUCAUGUUCCCCGUGUUGUUUGGGAGCUUUAACCUGGUCUACUGGGCCACCUACCUGAACAGAGAGCCAGUCAUUAAAGACCUGAACCCUUCCAAAUGAACUGUAGUGACGAGCAGACAAGCACACAGCCCAUUCAGGACUAAAAAACAUCUGUUGGUAUUCAUUUUUAUCAGCCAAAUACUGUUUACAUGCACAGAGAAUUCCCUUCCCUCUUUCCUUACUGAGUACAGUUUUCGAUUGAUGCAGGUAAACAUUAUAACUGAGUUAGAAUAAACCUGAGAGCUCAUAUUACAGGAGUAAGCCAGACAUCUUUAUCAAGUUACAGUCAGAUAGAAUAGCCUACUUUUAGUUUAAGCUGCACAAACAGAGAGAAGCAAACCUUAGAUCUUAAAAAACAUUGAAUUGCAUUCCAAAAAGGAUAUUUUCUUUAAUUAUGGCUUCCAAAUGUAAUAAUUAUGAUAGAAAAGGCUAAUAUUCGAAAACAAUACAGCAAAAACUAGAAAAUUAUCACUGUUUAAAGCUGCACUAAAAAGUGUUUUUAUAUUAACAAUGGAUCAACUGACUGGUGUGUUACAAACAGCAGACAGACACAGUUAGAGACUAGCUGGUGAACAUAGCCUCCUAAGAUACGAACUUUUGUUUGGUAUGUAUUUUUAAUUUCUCCUAGCUAUUUGGGAUCAGUGGGACCUGAUAAGUAAAAUGUCCUCAAUGGCGUCAAACUGAACAACAAUAAAGUCCCAGUGUCUUCGAGCAAGUAUUUCAUAAUUAACAGUGUGUUAGCUUGUUACUGUUGCUCAAAUUUGUAGCUGUAUCAAACUACAGACAUCAUUAAUGAUAACUAAACAAGUUUUAACCAUAAAAUGUGAUCAGGUUUUGGACCUUGUCUACUUUUGUGUCUGGGUCGGCUGCAGAC